AACCAAAAUGGAAGACCUUGACGCAUACCGUGCCGCCUGCGCAAACCGUAUCCGUCGCCUCGAACGAUACAAGAAGGCUCGAAGCUUUUGCAGUCUGGAAACCGAUGAGCCAACGUCGUCCUCUCCGUCUUUGAGCUCCAAUUCCGAUGUUUCGCAAGAAAAUGGAUCUUCCACUUUCGACAUGAUCCGCGAGAAGAUGUUCUCUUUGAUGGAGAACGACAUGACGCUGCUGAAGCAACUCCUUCAACUCGGCGAUCAAAUCAGCGAGAUCAAGAAAGAACGAUUGAGAAGGACAAUGUCGCAAAACAGUCUGGAAUACGAUGAAGAAGAUGAGAAAGAGGACAAAUUCGAUUCUGGAUUCUCUGCUUCGAUGAGUGCAGUCACCAACUUGUACGUGGAUGACGAACGCCCACAAUUCUUUUCCCGUCAAAAUUCGGUUCUUCGUAUUCCGAUUCCCCCGAGAAGCAGCAAUCGAUUUGGACCGAGAAGGGUUAUCAGAAGACCUUCGGAUAUUUUGCCACGACAACAGACGAAUAAUAUCAGGACUCUUCAUGUCAACAGUGAUGACUCAGAUUCUAGCUCUUCAGGAAGCAAGACUCACUCGCCAAGCAGUUCCGUAUACAAUGCUUCUACACUAAUUCUUCCAUCAAAAACUACAAAGAAUCGCUCCUCGAAUUCUUCAAUCGAUUCCGGGAUUCGUGACGAACAACUUACACCUUCUCCCACAUUUGAGAGUGUUGUCAUCUGAAAUUCCCGUCGCAAUCUUCUAAAUUAAUUUCCAGGUGUUCUUUUUAUCUAGUCGCUUGUCUCCCUAUACCUCAUCAUUUUCACAGGUUUCUCAUCCAAAUAGUCAUAUAGUUUUAUCAAGUUUUCCUUUUUUCUGAUUUUUUGAAAAUGUGCCGGUCUUUGAUUCGUUCCACUCUCCUUCAAUUUCUUCCUCAUUCUUCCACCCGUUUUCAAUGUUUAAUAGUAUUUAAAAGUUUUCAAUAAAACAGUAUGUUAAUAA